UUGCCAAAGGCUCCGCUUAAGAGACAGGGGCAGUGGGACAUUCCUCUUGGUGGGGGGGGGACAGGGAGAGAGAGAAGAUUCAGGAGAAAAGUUGGUGGAAGGAGAAAGCGAUGGUUGUCAGGUUGUAUCUUAGGGGGCAGAAAAAUUCAGGAAGGAUUUGAGGGUUUUUUUUCUUGCUUUUUUUCUUUUCUUUGAUAAGUGGGAAAUUGUGGAGUUUUUAAGAUCAGGGACCUGGCCCAUGCAGAAAUGCGAUUUUUCUUUUUUAAAGCAAGCAACUCUGCCAAAUUUCUGAUAUAUGGGUAGAUUUGAGCAGACAGCUUUGGACAUCUGCAGGCGUGACAUCAAAAAGACGAGCAGGAGUCCAGAUUCCCCCUUCCCCAUCUCCUGCACCUGAUUCUUCACCUUUGGGUCUGCCCCCGUUUCGAAGGGGUUCUUGCAACUUUUGACACUUCGGACAUUUUUUAUUUUUUUUUUGGCCCAAAAGGGGAAGAAGACGAGGAAUGACACGGGGGAUGCCGGUUUGAGGUUGGCAGGGAAGAGCUCAAGUUUUUUUUUGUUUUGAGAAGGCUGCUGGCAGAGGGGAGUGACUUCUCAACGUGGGCCGGUGGUUUAAGCAGGCCAUCUAUCUGAAGACAGAAAAACGGCUGGCGAUGAUUCUGUGUUGCUUGCGAAUGGGAUUCUCUCGGGGUGAUUAGGAGCCGAGCCAGUUUACGGAAGAAGAGACCAACGCAGCAUCCCAAGUCUGACCCGUUUCUGAUUUCCGUCUUGAAAGACGGUUGCUUCUCCUCUGGCUUGGAGAUGAUGAUGAUGAUGUCCCCCAAAGAGAGGCGACGUUACUGGGGCUGGUUGGUGCUGGCGAUGCUGAUCUGCCAGGAAUCCCCAAGUUUCCCACGGGUGACGGCGGCCAAGAGAGAGCCACGGAAGAAACCCAAGGAUCCGAACCAAUACACAGGGGCCCUUCCCAACACCACUCUGUCCAACAGCGAAGAAUUGAAUGGACACGCCAAGAUGCUAGGAUCCCCAGACCCGCGCAUCACUGAUCCACGCAAGACAUGGAUUUCAUUUGUGCACCGUCCAGUGGAAGGCAAACUCCAAAAGAAAUGCAAAGGGAAAGAUAAAAAGUAGCGUGGUCUCGCUGGACCUCCGGGGCCCCCAGGUCCUCCAGGGCUCCCUGGCCUUCCUGGAGCCGAAGUUACCCAUGAAGUCUUAAUGCAGGAAUUUAAAGACAUGUUAAAAGAAGCUACUGAACGGCGGGCAUCUCCAGUUCUCCCAGCCCAUCCCAGUGAGAUGCCGGUGAUGUUACCGCCUCUGGAGGAGAUCUCCUUCUACCGGCGAGUGGAGGAAGCCUUCCAUUGCAAGCUCAAGGGGCAAAUCAUCGUGGACAAGAAAACCUUGAUGGAACUCCAGAAUUUCCAGAUGCCUUUAGCCAAAGGAGCUUUUCUCCGAGGAUCCGGAUUAAACUUAACAACUGGGAGAUUUACAGCUUCGGUAUCUGGCAUUUAUCAGUUUUCAGCCAACGUCCAUGUAGACCACAGUGAGCUGAAAAGUAAACUGCAACUUCGAGCCAGAGACAAUGUCCGAGUCUUGAUCUGCAUUGAAUCCCUCUGCCACCGAUAUACAUCUUUGGAGGUGAUCGCUGGAUUGGAAAGCAACAGUAAAGUUUUUACCGUUUACGUUCACGGAUUGCUCCAGCUCCAGGUUGGACAAUACACCUCCAUCUUUGUGGACAACAGCGCCGGAGCCCCCCUUACCAUUCAGAACGGAUCGGACUUCAUGGGCAUGUUUGUGGGAAUCUAACUCCCAAGGCAAUCUGUAACGGAGAAAGUGGGGUGGGUAAAAACACUCGUCUGGCCAUCUGAUGGACAAGCUUGAACUCGGAACCCUGCCCACCCAAAGGACCUGCCUUCUUGUCGCCGUUAGCAUUCUGCAGCCGAAUGAAGCAAAUGUCUUUCUACCCCCCCACCUUCCCCAAGGAGGCCUAGCAACAAUCCAAGAGAAAAAGAGAGAGGAUAGUUUUCAACGGGGGACCCAAAACCCAGACAUCGUUUCCUUCCAUUGGCAAAUUCAGAUUUUUCCAUCUUAGUUCCGAGAUCCAAGGAAAUCUUUCCUUCUGUGAUUCCAAUAAGGCUAAGGGGCAGUGGUGAAGUUCAAUUUUUUUACUACCGAUUCUGUGGGUGUGGCUUGGUGGGCAUGGUGUGGCUUGGUGGGCAUGGC